CUGAGAGCGAUGCAGCGAUGUAACAGUGUAUGUUGUGGAGGAGUUGUCAAGAUUUGUAAAUACUUGUUUGGUGUCAGACACAUGGGUUGGAUGGGUGGUUUGAGAAUAAGUAUGAGAGAAGAUAGUAGUUUCCUCCGGACUUCUUCCUGUUUCGACCUUGUAGAGUGCUUCUGAUAGAAAUAUACAUGCAUUUCGUUUCGUAUGACAACAGCUGACAGUAUUCUGCAUGUAACAUUCAGUUUAUCAGUCAUACAGUUUUAUUUCGAAAUAAGAUGAUGGAAGACUUAAACUCCGAAUUUAAUUACGUGUACAGUUCAUCACUAGAAACAAAAAUUCAGGUGAAAAUAGGGACACUAGAAGGAAAGCGUCAGAAACCAGAUUAUCAAAAGCUAUUGACUGACCCAAUGUUGAAGUAUUCGGGGCUGUAUCAAGACGGCUGUGCUGAUGUUAUGGUGGUCUGUCAAGUUUUUGCUGAUGGACGGCCUAUUGCCUUACCUGUUUCAACUUCUUAUAAAUCUUUUUCUACGAGAUGGAACUGGAAUGAAUGGCUGACUCUUCCUGUGAUGUUCAGUGACCUACCCAGAAAUGCCCUUUUAGCACUGACCAUCUAUGAUUGUGUAGGACCUGGCAAAAUGCAGCCUGUGGGAGGGACAACCAUAUCACUGUUUGGGAAACAUGGUGUAUUUAGGCAGGGUAUGAUUGACUUGAGAGUAUGGCCCAACCAAGAAGCUGAUGGUAGAUCUCCAAGCAGUACUCCAGGGAAGGCAAGAGAUCAUGGGAAAGAAAAGAUGCAGAGACUUGCAAAGCUUGCAAAGAAGCAUAGGAAUGGUUAUAUCCCAAAAGUAGACUGGCUGGACCGUCUCACUUUCCGUGAAAUAGAAAUGAUCAAUGAAAAAGAAAAGCGAAACUCUGAUUACAUGUACCUUAUGAUUGAAUUUCCAGUGGUUGAAUUGGAUGGAGUUGCACAUUCUGUUGUCUAUUAUGAACAAGAUGGAGAUGAAGUUUAUCAGUUUCGGGCCCAGGCUGACAUUGUGACAGUGCCCGAUAAUGAAAUAUUGCAGGAAAAUCUGGUUGAAAGUAAACAUCACAAACUAGCUCGCAGUGUUCGAAGUGGCAUUUCAGAUAAAGAUGCCAAGCCAAAUGCAAGUGUCCGUGACCUUCUACACACAAUAGUUGGCUAUCCUCCUACUAAACAGUUAACAACUGAAGAACAAGAUCUUGUUUGGAAAUUUCGUUUCUAUUUGAGCAACCAGAAAAAGGCACUCACAAAAUUCCUCAAGUGUGUAAAUUGGAAACUGAAUGUGGAAGCACGUCAGGCCUUAGAUAUGUUGAAACAGUGGGCACCUAUGGAUGUAGAAGAUGCACUGGAACUUUUGGGACCCAAUUUUACCCACCCUGCUGUAAGAUCUUAUUCAGUUGGCAGAUUACAGCAGGCUCCUGAUGAGGAUUUGCUGUUGUAUCUUUUACAGUUAGUUCAGGCACUGAAGUACGAGAACUUUGACAGAAUUACUCAAACCUAUUCACAGUUGAAGAAUGAAAUGGAAGAACAAAGGGAGCAAGAGAGACUGUCACGCAGUGACAACAAGGAGAGUGGGGAUUCAGGAAUCUUGAAAAAGUCUCAGAGCUUUACUCCUACACCAGUGCAUGAAUUACCCAACACUGAUGAUGGUGCUUCUCAGAUAGUUCGCUCUGCAUCUUUAGCUGAGACUGCAACACAAAAUCAACUGCCUGAUGCUACUAUAGAUGCAAGUUGUCUGGAAGAUGAUAUGUCAGGUGGAUGUGACCUAGCAUCAUUUCUCAUACAUCGUGCCUGUCAAAAUUCCACUCUUGCCAACUACUUCUACUGGUACCUGUUGAUAGAAUGUGAAGACCAAGAACCUGCUGUGAAGCAGGAUAGCAGAGUCAGAGAUAUGUACUUAACAGUUAUGAGAAUGUUCUCACAGACUCUACUCAAAGGUAAUGCUGAUCUGCAAAAGCGAAGAGUCUUUCUAUCCCGUCAACAGGGCUUCAUUGAUAAACUUGUGAAGCUUGUUAAAACAGUUGCAAGAGAGAGUGGAAACAGAAAGAAAAAGACUGAGAGACUCCAGGCCUUAUUGGGAGAUCCUGAAGCAUUCAAGAUUAAUUUUGCCAAUUUUGAGCCUCUUCCAUUUCCUCUGGACCCAGAUGUUCUAAUUAAAGGUGUUGUGCCUGAGAAGGCUAGCCUAUUCAAAUCGGCACUGAUGCCAUCCCGCCUUACAUUCCUGACAACUGAAGAUACUGAGUAUGUUGCAAUUUUCAAACAUGGAGAUGAUCUGCGCCAGGACCAGUUAAUUUUACAAAUGAUAACACUCAUGGACAAAUUACUAAGGAGAGAGAACCUUGACCUAAAGCUUACUCCUUACAGAGUCCUAGCAACAAGUACAAAGCAUGGUUUUGUACAGUUCAUUGAAUCAAUACCUGUAGCAGAGGUUCUUGCUACAGAAGGUAGUAUUCUGAAUUUUUUUCGGAAACACAAUCAGUCAGAAACUGGCCCCUAUGGUAUAGCAUCUGAAGUCAUGGACACCUACGUGCGAAGCUGUGCUGGAUAUUGUGUUAUCACAUACUUGCUUGGUGUCGGUGAUCGUCAUCUUGAUAAUCUCUUGCUAACAACCAGUGGAAAACUGUUCCAUAUUGACUUUGGGUACAUUCUGGGUCGUGAUCCAAAGCCACUACCUCCACCAAUGAAGCUGAGCAAAGAAAUGGUUGAAGCUAUGGGUGGUAUCAAUUCAGAACAUUAUCAGGAAUUCAGGAAACAGUGCUAUACAGCUUUCCUCCAUCUGAGAAGGCAUGCAAACUUAAUGCUGAAUCUGUUUUCUCUUAUGGUGGAUGCAAGUGUACCAGACAUUGCUCUAGAACCUGAUAAAGCAGUGAAGAAGGUUCAAGACAAACUACGUCUUGAUCUUGGAGAUGAAGAGGCAGUACACUACAUGCAGAAUUUGCUGGACUUGUCAGUUACUGCAGUAAUGGCUGCUCUAGUUGAACAAUUCCAUAAGUUUGCUCAAUACUGGAGGAAAUGACUGAACUUUUUUUAUUUACUGGUACAAGUAAUAACAGUAAGUUAGGAGAUUGUGUCAAAUACUUGUGCUUGCCAGGUGUGAUGUCACAGUGGGAGGUCAUGUAUGGUUAUGUUCAGAGUAAGUGGAAGACCCAUCAGUAUGAAAGGAUGUUUGUUGUGAAGAAUUUUUUAUGACUUUUGAUUGACAGGUUUUAAUUUAUUGUGAGGACCUUAAAUGGAUGUAGAUAUUUUGUGCCACUGACAGUUGCAAUUCAGUCUUUCAAACAUGGAGAUUUUAUUUUGAUGAAGAUAAAUAUGUAAAUAUUGUACAGUAAUGGAAGAAAAUUGACUUUUGAAUGAGUGUGUGUUUUUGUGGACUUUUGUAACCAAGAACUGUGGGUAGAAACAUUAUUUAAUAAAAAAAGAGAAAUUAUGUCACAAA